GUGAGCGGCUAUCCAGAGCGCAGAGAAAGGACGGAGAGAAGAGGGAGAACCAGACCUGUCAGUCACAUCAGGAUGGCGAGCAGCAGUGUGCGGCCAGUAGAGGGAGUCCUGACAGAAGCGCUGACUUACAGAAGCCCCAGAGCCCAGGUGAAGCUGGCCAUGGUCAAGACCUCACUGAGGAACAACAGCCUAGAACCUGACCCUAUACAGAUCACCACAGAACAGUGGCCGGAGUGGAACAAUAUGGAACCGAUUCGCAUGAGAAGGAACCCUGAGAUGGCACUUGUGAGAAAGACUGAAGAACGUUGCUCUAUUAGGGACAUAAAACAACUUGCACCAGUGAGGAAGACUCAAGAACAUGGUUCUACAAAAGAGAAUUUUGAUCUUAUGACCUACAUGAGGAGGAACCCAGAAGUAGCCAUCAGGAGAAAGACUGCAGAACGUUGUUCUAUGAGGGAGACGAAAGAACCGGCACAUUUGAUGAAGACUUCAGAACUUGGUUCCACCAAGCAGGAUGUAGAUCUCACGACUCACUUGAGGAAGAAUCCAGAAGGAGCAGUCAGGAGAAACACAGCAGAACGCUCUUCUAUGAGGGAGACACAUGUGAGGAAGACCUCAGAACUUGGUUCCAAGAAUCUAGAUCCCAUGACUCACUUCAGAAAGAACCCAGAAGGGGCAGUCAUGAGAAACACUGCAGAACGCUGUUCUAAAAGGGAAGUGAGAGAACCUCCAAAUGUCAAAAAUACGUUAAACCAUGGUUCCAUGGUGGAGAGUGUAGAUAACAUGACUAACUUAAGGAGGAACCCAGAAGGGGCAGUCAUGAGAAAGACUGCAGAACGCUGUUCUAUGAGGGAAAUGAAGGACUUGCUUGUGCCUGUGAGAAGGCCAUUAGAACAUGGUGUCAUGAAGGAGAACGCAGCUCCUCCUCCAGUAAAGGAGCACAGUGAGGAGAAACAACCAUCUCCCAUGCGCAAGAAGCCAGACUCAGUUCCGAGGAAGAAGAAAAGGAAGAUUCAUCCCUCUGGAUUCAGAGGCAAAGGGCAGCUGAAGCUGACGGUCUCACCUGAGGAUGGACGUCUCUUUGUGCAUAUCAUGCAAGCUAGAGGUCUGCUAGGAAAGCGCUAUAGGCCAUGUGACUCAUAUGUCAAGCUGUCCGUGGUGCCUGAUGUGGACCACUCGAGGCGCUGGAGGACCAAAACCGUCCUGGACAGCAAAACCCCGACCUUCAACGAAACCUUUGUGCUGGAGUUGGGAGCAGAGGACCACCACAAGAGGCUACUGGUCAGCAUGUGGAACCGCAGUAGGACAUGCAGGCGCAGUGACCUCCUGGGCUGCAUGAGUUUCGGAGUGCGUUCCCUCCUCACUGCACAGAAGGACGUCCGUGGCUGGUAUUAUCUACUAGGAGAGGAGCUGGGCCGCAGCAAACAUCUGAAGGUGGCCGCCCGACGCAUCAGAAAGCCUGCUGACUCGGCCGCAGCCGCCGCCGUCGCAGCCGGAGGGGCGCACCAUGCCGGCGGAGCGCCAGACACUCUGGGCAGCAGCAGCAGUGGCAGCGGCAGCAGCAGCAGCACCGGCAGCAGCACCGUGGAGAACAUGCAGUCUCUCAGCCCACAGGGGCAGAUGGUUAAUGGUGAGGAUGAUGGGGGAGGACGAGAGGGGACGCGGGAUGGGAGGAACAAGAGAAGAGGAUGGGGUAACGGAUGA